UAAUGGUCGAAAAAUGGCCGACAAAAGUCUUAAGUCAAUACAUCAUCGCAAAUGUGUUGCGUCACCUUAUGAACACCACAAAUUCAUCAAAACAAGCAGUCAGUCUCCUCAAACCCACAAUUCAUUUCAUUCUUCUUUGUUCAUCAAUCAAAUAUUUGAUCACUAAAUCAUGGGAAAUUUGUGCUCAAUCUCAAUCACAAUAGAGGAUAUAGUUCAUUGCUGGGAUUGCAUUGUUGGACAAGCAAGUUACACAUGUAAGCUUGAAGAUAAUCUCAAAGCUCUCGGUGCGGAAUUGGCUAAAUUGAAUGCACGAAGGAAUGACGUGAAGCGAAAGGUAGAUCUUGCUGAACAACAAUGUAUGGAGCUGCGGAGCGAAGUUCAACUCUGGCUUUCAGAGGUGCAGACUGCGACAGCGGAAGCUGAGGCGUUGAUUGAAAAUGGUCCUCAAGAAAUUCAAAAGUUAUGUUUUGCUGGCUGUUUUUCCAAGAAUUGUAAGUCUAGUUACAAUUUUGGUAAACAAGUGACUAGAAAUCAUGCAGAAAUAGAUGAUCUAUGGAAACGAGGAGGUUUUGAAACAGUUGCUGAGAAUGAACUUGCACCCAGAGUAGAUGUAAGACCUACUGAACCCACGGUGGGUUUGGAACCAACAUUGGAUAAGGUAUGGCGCUUACUUGAAGAAAACAACGUGGGCAUUAUUGGGUUACAUGGCUCGGGAGGAGUUGGUAAAACAACACUCUUGACCCAAAUUAACAACAAGUUAAGCAACAACCUCAUCGGUUAUGAUGUUGUAAUUUGGGUGGUGGUGUCUAAAGAUCACACUAUCGAAAAGGUUCAAGAAAAAAUUGGUGAAAAGCUUGGCCUUUCAAAUGAGUUAUGGAAGACUGAAAGUUGUGAUAAGAAAGCUACAGAUAUUUUCAGAAAAUUGAGCAAAAAAAAGUUUGUUCUAUUGUUGGAUGAUGUGUGGGAGCGAGUUGAUUUGACGAAAGUUGGAAUACCUGCACCGAAUCAGGGUAAUAGUUUUAAAUUAAUUUUCACAACUCGCUUUUUAGAGGUAUGUGGAGAAAUGGGAGCUCACGAGAAAAUCAAAGUAGAGUGUUUAAGCAAAGAUGAAGCUUGGAAAUUGUUUGAAAAGAAGGUUGGAGAAAAAACCCUUGAUAGCCAUCCAGAUAUUCGAGGGUUAGCUAAACAAGUAGCUGCAAAGUGUGGAGGACUGCCUCUUGCACUGAUUACAAUUGGUCGAGCCAUGGCUUGCAAAACGAUACCCCACGAUUGGAAAUAUGCAAUUGAGGUGUUGAAAGAAUCUCCGCAUAAAUUAGCAAAAAUGGAUCAACAGGUGUAUUCUCUUUUAAAAUUUACUUAUGAUAGCUUGCCUAAUGACUUGAUGAGAUCUUGCCUUUUGUAUUGUAGUUUGUAUCCUGAAGAUUAUAAAAUUGGUGUAAUUUGGCUAAUAGAUUAUUGGUUUUGUGAGGGAUUUUUGGAUGAAUUUGACAACAUAAGUAGAGCUCGAAUGCAAGGGUAUAGCAUUAUCAAUUUUCUUUGUAAUGCUUGUUUAUUAGAAAGAUGUGAAGAUGCAAUAUUUGUAAAGAUGCAUGAUGAGAUCCGUGACAUGGCUUUGUGGAUAGCACGUGAGUGUGAAGCACCUGAGAAGAAAUUUUUGGUACGAGGAAGGGUAAAAUUAAAUACGACAUAUGAUAUUGAAAAUUGGAAAGGUGUAAGAAUGUCAUUGUCGUGCAGUGGAAUUGAAUAUCUAAGAGGAACACCUAGAUGCCUUAAUCUUCAAACCUUGUUUCUUAAUCAAAACAAUUUGAUGAUGAUUAGUGAUGGUUUGUUCCAAUUUAUGCGCAAUCUGAGAGUUCUAAGCUUGUAUGCAAACUUUUCUCUCUGUGAGUUGCCAAAGGGAAUUUCAAACCUGGUUUCACUGGAGUGCCUCAAUCUAUCACAUACAGGAAUAAUGGAGUUGCCAAUUGAGUUGAAUAGGUUGUCAAAACUGAAAGUUCUGAAUUUGCAUGAGACAUUGCAGCUCCAAAAAAUCCCACGACAAUUGAUAUGUAAAUUUUCAGCGUUGCAAGUAUUCGGAAUGUCUGUAUUAUUUGAUAUUUCUGAAGAUCUAGUGGAUGAAGAUAAUGUCCUAAAUGGUGAUCAUGAAGGUCUGAUAGAGGAAUUGAAAUGCUUGCAACAUUUAAAUGAGCUGAAUAUAGAAAUAAGAAGCGUUGUCGCUCUAGAAAGCCUUUUGAGCUGCCACAACUUACGAAGAUGCACUGAACGACUAUUCCUCCGAGAUUUGAGCAAGAGAAAGGUGUUGGAUAUUUUAUCUUUGACACAUAUGGAGCAUUUAGAGAGCCUAAUAAUUAGAUUUUGCGAAAGCAUGGAAGAGAUUGUAAUAAGGAAGAUAGAGAAGGCUCCUUACUUUCACACACUGAAAAGAGUUUCCCUCUUGCAGUUGCAACAACUUGAGAGACAUCACGUGGCUUAUUCUUGCUCCAAAAUUAACGCACCUUUAUGUAGUGUUUUGCUCAAGAAUGGAAGAAAUAAUAAGUGAUAAAGUCACAGAUGUGGUUGGAAUUCCGAACCCAAGUCCAUUUGCGAAUCUAGAAGAGCUUGAUUUACGAGAUCUACAGGAAUUGAAGAGCAUAUACAGGGAUGCCUUGUCCUUCCCAUGUUUAAGAAAAAUCAAAGUAUUCAAUUGCUCAAAACUAGAGAACCUUCCACUCAACUUGGACAGUAGGAAUCAAAUGAGCAUUGAAGGAUAUCAAGAGUGGUGGGAAAAGAUUCAAUGGAAGGAUGAAGCCACUCGAAAAUGCUUUUUGCCCUCUUUCAAAUGUGCAGAGUGGUGGAAAGAGGUAGAGUUCCAGAAGGAAUAUGGUCGAUAUCUUAAUUGUUUCUUUUGGUAAAGACUGCAAAAGAAAGGUUUUCUUAUUCUUUGGGCAGAGACUGGUGCAUGGACAAGUUAAUUAGUUUGACAAUAGCUACAUGGGAGGAUUUAGUGUCCAGGACACUGACUCAAUGGUCUAAUAAAUUUCUGGAGUUAUGAUCUUAAGGAGCAUAAAACAAUGAAGAACUCAGGUGUAAUAUACCACAAAGUAUUGUUGCUAUUUUUCUUCUCUUGUCAAGUUUAGUUUGUCUUGGACCUCUGAGAUUGUAAUUUGUAUGUUCUGUUUUGUGUGGUUGUCUUGUUUUCAUCAUAUCCCGUACUUGAUUUGUGGCAAAAUUUCUAUUUGUAUCUGUCAUUUGAUAGUUCUCAACUAAAAUGAAACAAGAUUAGACCUGUUUUAUUGU